ACAGACGACAACGAAAUCUAGAAACAGGCCAUUGUAUUUUGAUCUUGUUCAAUUUAGAAUAGACAAUCGAGUUCUAAUAGUACAUUCGUAUUAUUUUCUAAACUAAAUUAAUACCAGUGAUAAAUAAUGUUAUAAAAUGGUAGAACCAAUAUUCGAUUACCAAUUUCGCCUAAUACUAAUAGGUGACAGUACUGUAGGAAAAAGUUCUUUACUCAAAUAUUUCACUGAUGGAAAAUUCGCUGAGGUGUCUGACCCAACUGUCGGGGUUGAUUUCUUUGCAAGGCUCAUUGAAGUGAAAGAUGGCACUAGGAUAAAGCUUCAACUUUGGGAUACUGCAGGACAGGAAAGAUUUAGGUCCAUAACGAAGUCAUAUUAUAGAAAUUCAGUAGGUGCCCUUUUAGUUUACGACAUAUGCAACAGAAACAGCUUUGACAACAUACCCGCAUGGAUGGCAGAAGCGAGAAGACACAUUGAACCACACAGACCUGUAUUUGCUCUAGUAGGAUGUAAGUUAGAUCUGGUUAACAACGGAGAACAAAGGCAAGUAUCAAAAGAAGAAGCCAAAACUUUUGCUGAUCAACACGGUCUCUUCCAAGUCGAAACAUCUGCCAAAAAUGGUCACAACGUGGAAGAAGCUUUUAGAUGCGUAACUCAAGAGGUUUUUAAUAGAAUACAGAGCGGAGAAUAUAAGGUAGAGGAUGGUUGGGAUGGUAUAAAGACAGGGUUCUCUAGACCUACUGGUUUGAACUUCAACUUGGUUGAAGCUGAACCAGCCAAAUUUUCAUGUUGUUAGUUUUUUAUUUAGAUGUACCUGAUUUUACCAACUAAUGAUUUUUCUUUUAUGGUACUACCAAAUUACAAAAUCUCUGUGAUUUUAACCCAUUAAAACUUGAAACUAUUUUAAAUGCAAUGCUGUUUUAAAAUUUGACUAAAAAUGUUCAAAAAUUCCCAUUUUCUAUAAAUACAAAGGUAAUAUGCAAAAAAUAUAUGUCUUUGUGACAAUUUUGUUAUAUGUUUAUACACACACUUGAUACAUGAUACACUGUUUAUAAAGCAUUUUUCAUAUAAAAAAAGCUUUCACGUCAUUCAAGAUUUACGUCGUCAGAACCCCACAGCGUUGCCAAAACAUCAGAAUAGUUAGUAAGUGAGGAAUUUUAAAUGUCAACUUUGUCAAACUUUUAUAUUAACAGUAAAUACACUUAGUUUUAAGACUACUAUAACACAUUAAAAUACAUCAGAAAACAUUUUAAUACAAAAUUAUAUAUUCUAAAUUUUAAACUUACCUCUUUUAGGGCUUUAAUAUUAAAAACGUCCCGCCAUUAUUUCUUGUUCAAAAUAAUCUAUCUUAUAUGAAAGCUUAUCAGCUGUCUACAGACUAUUUAUUUGUUUUGGCAUAGCACAAUUGAAAUACAUAACAAUAAUUAGUUUUUAAGCCUUAUAAUCUAAAUUUAAUAUGUGUUUAUAAAUACAAUUUAUUAAUAUAUAUUAUAUUAGGAUCAAAUUGUGUAAGAAAUCAAACAUAAACAAAAUUCCUACUCUACAAAAGCGACAACACUUUAUACACUUUUGCCACACGCUUAACUGUCAAUAAAAUUUGAAGUAUUUCGUAUCAGUUGCGUACAAUUGUCUAAUAUAUUUAAUUAAAAUUAUUAUUUUGUGGAAUAUUAGACUUAUUGAGAGUUAUUUCAUAAAAUUUAUAUUAUUAAUAAUAACAAAUGUUAUUUAAUCUGGUUAUUUAAUCAAUAAUUCUAAAAUUUCUAAUAUAAUGAUGAUUACAUUUUUCUGAUUAUUACACCAUGUUGACGCCUAUGAAAGAUCGAGCAGUUCCGUAUGGGUUUCGUAUUAUUAGCUGUGUUAGGAAAAUUUGAACUCGUAAGGUUGAUGUUCUGGAAAUUUUAAAUACAAGUGAUGUCACUUUGUACAAAUCGUGACGUGCAAAUGUUUUACUUUGAAAAAUAGUAUACCUUGGAUACAUGAUAUAUACAUACAGGUUGAGGUUGUGAUAAAUUCAUAUACAUCAAGGUUACAUGUAUAAGAAUCUGACAGUGCACGUAGAAAUUCUUGGGGACAAUUGUUGGGAAAAAGUUUUUCCAUAUGUAUAGUAGAUAUACAUAUCGACUGUAUUUAGUAUUAAUGUGACUAAGUGUGCAAUAGGUUUUGCGUUGUAAGUUGAAGCCAGCGGUCUAGGUCUUUCAUUUAUGCAGAGCAUAUUGGUGUUGCCUUUGGCUACAGUCUUUUGGUGAAUCCACUUUUAUUGAACCGGUUUUUGCGGUCAUUUCAACAGUUUUUUGGAUAUUUUUCCAGAGAGUGGUCUAUUUUGGUUUGUGUCUUUAAUAUCAUUGCGUUUUGGUAGUUCUUCGUUGGUAAAUAUCGUUCUCUAAUAAUUUGUCAGCUUGUUAAGUGAAUAGAUAUGAGGAUUUGGUGUCCCAGUCAUCAUUCUCAUGGUAUUUUUCAGUUGAACAUUGAUCUGGAUGUGUAGUGGAUUUAUUGUGUUGGAAUGACUUCUGGAAUGCUGUUAUUCAGUUAAGCUUAAACCUUGAUAUGAUCUCUAUUAAUCUGUAAUAUGCGGAAUAUUUAGCAGAGAAAUUAGUAUCAAGAUUAAGCCUAAGUGAGCAUGCUGCUGCUCCUCAUAUUGAUAAGAUUUUCUAGUGAAUGAAUCUGUCUACCUUUUAAUUAGCUAGGGUUACUUUAAACGAUCAUAUUUUAUCUAAAGCAUCUGAUACUUAAAGUAGCCAUAUUAGCCCUCAGUUAAUGGGCUAACUAAUCAUCAUCAUCUUCUGGUUUUUACAGUAUGAUAAGAAAAUUUCCAUUUAAAAAUCUACUUUACUUAUCAUACGGUUAGUAUAAAUGUCCAAAUGAAUAAAAAAACUAGAAAAACCAAUCUUUAGUGUAAAACAAUAUGAUCAUAAAACAACUAGUAAGAUUACCGAAUGAAUUAAAACUGAAAGUAUUAGAAAUGUUGAUAUUACAAAGAAUGCUAAAGAGUUCAUGGACAUAACUCAGAACAAAUGAAAUGUGUUUCAAAUGAUGGAAACUAAAGUCUAAGCAACAUUAGCAUUUGUAAAAUAGGUUAAGUAGCACAUAUUUACCGAGGAGAGACAUUCACUUUUCCACAUCUUAGAAUUUCUCCUAGAGGGCAAGAUUGAAAGAGAAAGGAAUCAUGGAAGAAGGGAAUGGAUUUAGUUAAAAAACUGAGAAAUUGGACAGGCUUUACGUAAAAGAGAAGAGCUAGUAAGAAAUACAAUAGAUAGGAUUGCUUACAACAGAGCCAUUGAUAAGCUACAGGUGCAAAUCGAAAACUCCAGUGAGCAGUCUCUCCAAAAUUAGAUAGAGAUGAGAUGUGAACUUUUAGGACAAUUUCAGUUGGAAACUAGUAAAGCUAGCCAAUAAGCCUACUUCGAUGGACGUCACACAAAAAUCUUAAUAGUCUCUUAUAGCCAUAAAUAUAAGGUACUACCAAACGUGGGCAGGUUAUUAAAAUAUAAGGAUUGAAAUGCACACGACUAGGUACGAUUACAUUAUGAAAUAAAUUAUGUGGCUUAUAAAAUAUCUUUUGUACGACAUCCUUAAACUGCUUGGGUUAGGUGUGUGAUGUCUGAGGCGGUAAAUAAAAGACGUUUCACUUUCUCCACGUUUUACUUCGAGGCUACUAGAUUACAAUGCAAAAAAUGCCCAGUCGUCUUGUCAUACCCAUGUCGUGUCAAUCCCCAGUCGUCUUGUGUGUCAUACAUGGUUUUUACCCUUCCACAACCGCCUGCUCCAGUCGAGUGGAGUGACAACCUCUUUGAUGGCACUUAGGCAUUCAUUAAGGUACAUAAAAGUAAUUUUAUGUCCAAAUAUCAUAGUGUGGUUGAAGAUUUUAGAAGUCUUUCAGUUGCUUCAUCUUGCCGCUCAUUUCUUCAUGGUGGAUAUUGAAGGUAAAGAGUCGCCAUUAAAGUUUACAUACAGCAAAUGAAUUACAGUCGGUGUUAAACCUUCCUUUACGAAUAAUUUUUCCACUACUUGAUAUUCGAUUCUUAUAUUUGCAACACUACGUGCACCCCAACUACUUCAAACAAUGCUGUAUGAAAUGACGUGAAAUUAUACACGGCAUCUACUAAUAGUACUAAAAACAAAUCAUGCUAAAACUUGAUUCUCCUAUUUCUAUAUUUUUAGAACUGAGAACAAGGAACAUUUUUUUUCACUGUAGGUGCUGCAAAUUCGAAUUUUUCAGAUGUAUUAAGUGGUUGUAGAUUCAAUGCUUUUGCAAGAAUGUGAGUUUUGACAAAUUUAUAUUUCUUUGAACACAACUUUUGAACCUUUUUUAGGAACACCGUUCACGUGGUACGUUAUGUGUCUCAACUGGUAAUACUGCUAUGACGUGAGAGUUUUCAUCUUGAAUCUCUCUAUUGGAAUUAAGCUCUUUAUUCACUUCGUUUAAUAAAUAUAAAAUCAAAGGCAAUAAAAAUAAUUGUGUGAAUUUGUUUGGUACCUGCACAUUGUUUUUUGUUGCUGACAUUAUAAUUACUAACAGCUCAGUUUCACUCAAACAGUGUGCUCAAUCCCUGUAAUUUUACCUAUGGUUUAAUUUUAAUCUUAUUGUUGCGGAGAUGAUAAAACAUUAUUAAAUUAAGAAAUAACUUAUGAAUUUUUAACCAGCAGGUUUUUAUGGGUUAAAGUUAGUGUACUCUAAAUAGGAGUAUACGAUCUAACAUACGUCCAAUUUUCUAAUAACUUUAACUAUAGUAUUUAAGUUGUAUAACUUGUUUAUUCUUUUAUUCAAAUCGAUUCGGCAAUAUAUUUUUUAUAUUGCUAAUAAUACUAAUUAUUGAAAGUGAUAUUCAGGUACAUUUAAGGUAGCUGGUUACUUUUUUUAACGACAGUAGACCCUGUAUAUAUUUGGUGAUUUUUUAAACAUUGGUAAAAUGUAUUUGUAUAUAGUAAUUUAAGUGAUUAGAGAAGAAAUUGGGAUACUUUUGUGUCGACUUAUGUAUACCUAGUCAAUAGAGUUUUUAGCCUGAGUAGCCCAAAUUGAAUUCACAUAUUUAUUAUAACAUUGGCACACGGUUUGUCAACAAAAUAUUUUGGUUGGAGUUUAUUAGUAAAUUUUUAAAUAU